AUGGGUAAUCAAAAACUUGAAACCCAUCAUCAAUUUUACAACCACCAUCAAAAAAACACAUUCCUUCCAAUGCUAUGUUCCAAACCCUCCAUCAAAGAAGUGAAUCUCCCAAGAUGUAGAAUCAACCAACCAUCUUCUUGCAAUGACCCUUUAUCUCCAAGAAUAGGUUGCAUGGGUCAAGUCAAAAGGAACAACAAAAUUGCUGGAUUUCCAUCUUCACAAUACAAACUACUAAGUUUCAACAACAAAACCAUUUCUAGUUCCAUUAUUUCAUUUUCACCAGUUGUGAAAUACUCCAAACUCAAAAAACUUUUCUCUGGUAAGAAUCUUAUUGGCACCCCCUCUAUUACUUCUACCACCACCAUAACCAAACAAAGAGUUAUAGGUAAUAAUAGUAAAAUUCAAAAGUGUGUUAGGAAUGAGAAUGUUGUUGUUGGCAUAAAAAUUGAUGAAAUGGAUCCUCCUUUGCCUGUGAUCAAGAGAGUGAAUAAGAUUGAUGAAGGAACCAAAAGUGAUAACAGUCUUUGGAAAAGAAGAUCAGGAUCAAGUGGUGUUCCAUUGAGAAGUUUACAGGUUCAACAGAUUCAACAGAUUCAACUUCAAACUCCAAAGAUUUGUAUUCAAACUACAACUGUUUGA